GUGGACUUGAACUAGACAAUAGCCCGAUGUUGUGGCCCACCACAAGUGGCUUUAAGACGUUGUGGACGGUUUGUUAUAGGUAUUUUGAACGAUCCAUUGCUUCUUGACUUUGAAUUUGUACCUCCUCCUGUACUUGAUUACUAGCCUACAAAGCUUAAGACAGAAUAUUGCUGUAAUGUCGAUCGACGCUGAACAUCAGAACCCAACCCAAGCCACCCCAACUGCCGCUAACUCAGACAUGAAGGGUAAAGGCAAGGAGAAGGAAGUCGAUCAUUCUGCUCAUGACGACAUGUCCGACUCUGAAGAAUCUGGGGGUGACACAUGGGCCGAAUACCCUUUCGAACGAUUCCCUUCGCCACCAGGCGACAAACCUCGCAAUGCACGCGUCCCAAAUCCUACUGCUUCCCUCGAUCCGCCUCUCAUGGAAUUCAACUACCCUCCUCCACCACCUCUCGCCAACGACCCUACGUGGUUUGCACAGAUGGUCGCCGACGUUCAUCGCAGCCGCGCUCACGUCAACACUGAACUUGGGUAUGCACGAACCGAGGCCGCUGAAGCUCUGGCCGAUGCAACUCUCGCAGAGGCCGAACUCAAGGCCGAGAGGGAUAGAAUGCAGAAUUUCUUGAACCGCCUGGGAUCUGUCGCUGGGAAGAACUUUGUGCGCAAGAUGAUCAGGAAAGUCGAGCGGUCGCUGAAGACUCACGAUGACGACCUAGACGACGAAGAUGAAGAGGAACUACAAGACGUAGAUUAUGAAGAUUCGAACGGCAGCAACGAGGGUGAGGUGGAUCAUCAAGAUGCGGAAGAGGAGGAUCUUGGCGACGGCGCCGGUGAGAGUGAGAAGGGCCCGCAAGAUGCAGAAGAUGAAAAAUAUGAUCGUGACGGUGAUGAUGGUUCUCGCGCAAGGUCUCAAUCUCCACCCGCGAGCUGCAGCCCAAACUACCCUCAACAGUACCUCCACGAGCCUUUCAGCGAUGGUAAAGCCCACGUUUGGGAAAAUUCUGUGCCUCUGCCCGUAGAUGAGAGUCCUAAUUCCUCUCCACAAGGGAUUUCGCACCAGCCAUAUAGCCCUGACUGGCGUCGGGGAGAUGUUUCAGACGAUGAGUAUUCCAGCGGCGAGGACGACACAUCUCGGAAAUGGACUGAACUUACACCUGCACAUAAGAGCCGCAAACGACAACUUCAGGUCGAAGAAGAGGAGACCAACAACCCUGAGGACUCACCUCGGAAAAAAAUCAAAAAAACCCCUCCGUCACCGUUUAAAGUCGCCAAAAUUUGUCCAAUUCCUACACGAUGCUUCUAUCCCCCAGAGAACAAACAGGUCAACACAAUCGACCAAGACCGUGACACAGAUGAGGAGUACGAGGUAGAGAAUUCUCUUACUCUAGAGCAUGAACCCAUGCUAUCAACGCCUUAUUUGCCUCAACUGAACCGAUUGGAGAGGGACCCGUACAGGGUGCGCCAAAAUUCGCGGGGGGAGCCCGAGCUAUAUGUCCCCGGCAGACGCGCUAUCGAACUGCUUUGCUCGGCUACAUUUGUAUACCUUGAUGGCGAUUUUCUGUAAUACACUAUAGCCUCCAUAACCCACGACUGUGAAAGUAUCACUGAAGGAUAAUCGCAUGUCACUUUGUAAUUGGUCUGAAUAAAUAGGCAGUACUGGGAGACAGGUAUGAGAGACACUCCGAAUGGGA